GAAACAAAACACUGUCGUCGAUGAAUCAGUUGUUGUGUGUUACUUGUGUUUGACUUUGAUUAAAUAUAAACGAUGCGUUUAGAAGAUGACGAACUCGUGUUUUACGACUACCAGUGGGUCGUGAAAAACAACGUGAUUUCAGAAGAUAAGCAAUACGUUUCGCCAUUUUUCGGCCUAGACAUUUCACCCCACGUGAACGAAGCUGCUUCGUUUCGAUUCGGUCUGCGUUUGAGAACGAGUGUCGAGUCACGUGUCGUCAAAGUUGUCGUUUUAUUAUACGUCCAUUAUCUAGAUACUUUGGGCAUCGGUGUGACCGAUGUCGAGUGUUUCAUCAACGAUAAUGACUCGUUGAAAUUGAGCCAAUCAUUUCGAGAUGCCAAAACUUUGAUUUUCGAAAGUAAAGAACUAUUUCUGGCCACAGAUAAUGGCGUCCUGGUUCAAGAGUCGUUCAUCAUGGUGUACCGAAUAUACCCGAGCAAUUCCAUGUACGGCUACACGAUGGAUGGCCAGCCAAUUUUAGAUUACGGAUUCGAGCAGUGUGAUACCAAUUUCGGCGAAGAAAUGUGGUCAGCAGCUCAGAAACGAGAGUUGACGGAUUGUGAAUUUGUCGUCAAUCAAACGGUUUUCCCUUUCCAUCGUGCCGUUUUGGCAGCCCGAUGCCCAGCUUUGGCAGAUUGGCGUCAUCUCCAUCAUCCCAGCAUUCCGGUCGUUGACGCUCACGAGGCCGUUUUCGAAGCUUUCCUCUAUUUCCUAUACACUGGCCAGAUCUCGUUGCCGGUGGACACGGAUAUGUACCGGGAAUUUGUUGACCUUUUCAUCAAAUACGUCAGGAGAAUUCCAGAUGAGAUUGGCAAUGCCAUUCCUUGGCUAAACGAGUCGUCAUCCGACGUAUCUACAGUCAACAUCAGUCAAAACCAGGGGACGGUGUCGUUCAUCCGCCGUGGCAUCAGCUUAGAGUACAGCUACGAAUGCAAGUUCAAAUUGUUUGAGAAACCUGCCAUCCAGAUGGCCCGUUUCAACGGCAAAGGCAAUUUCAACGUGGACUUGAAGAAACUGAAAGCCAACAGCGAUGACGCCCAGUGUGAAAUUUCCAUCUGCAACACGAGUCCAGUCAACGGACUCAAUCUGAUUGACGUGUCCUACUAUCGACAGGGAGUCAAGUGUCACCUGUCUGAAUUCAAAGAGGAAAGAUUCCGUGGCGUCGUGAGCGUUCCCAAGGUUCCCAGGGACGUCAAGAACGUCCUGGACUCUUCGGCCGGUGACGGCAACUUCCUCAAGAUCUCCAACAGCGACCAGUACUCGCUGCUGACGGAAUUGGAAAUUUGCCUGGCCGAGGAGGAAGGCGAGUGUUGGGGCUACCGUUUGCGGGAUCACCUGCUCACUGCCCACCUGUGGUCGGCUUACACGACCCAAGAAUGGACCGACGUCCAUCUCUGCAUGUCCAGGAACGUUUUUCUGGCUCACCGGGCCGUCCUGUGCGCCCGCAGUCCCGUUUUUGCCUCCAUCAUCAAGGCCAGCAGCGAGAAUAAGAAGGUCGACGUUGAAGAUGUGGAGCCCGUCCUGUUUGAAGACUUUCUCUUCUUCCUCUACACGGGCAGCGUGCGGAAUUCGGAGAAUCUGGCCGAUCUCUGGCCGCUGGCUAGCAAGUACAACGUCAAAACGCUGGAAAAGAUUUCACAGUUUGCUUAAUUCUAAACUCUCCUUUGGCCUCAAAUCAUUACCAGCAGAAAAUGUGUACACAUGUAAUCUCUCAAUUUCAUAUGCAACACGACUAUAAAAAUGGCCGGAAAUUAA